CACACACAUUGCGUUCAUGAAGGACACAAAAUUCAAGCCAAAAUGUCCUUUGACUCUACAAACUGAACCGUUGCAAAAACCACUUGUUUUGCUACGUUUCGCAACAACACCAUUGGACGAAGCCAAGAAAAAACCAAUAGAACCUGCAAUGGCUGCUGAUGAAAGCGAGCAGGACGACGAUGGAAUGGCAGAUGAACAGCAACAGAUCGGUCCAAAUGGUUAUACCCUCGUCGAACUGAGCAAAGCGCAAGUGCAAAAGCUUAUUGAUAGCGGUAAAUUAAAAGUGAGUGAGAGUGAGGGUGCAAAUGAGCAUGCCACUGACGAUUGGUCGGAUGACGAUGAGCGCUCGAAGAAGCGUCCGUGGCGCAAAAUUCAACGCAUCAUUCGCCGACAAUUGGUUAAAUACCCGAAACGUUAUUUCAAGAAAAUUGUGCACAGCAUCGGUUAG